AUGGCGGUGCGUUCCGGCGGACAUGAUUUCUUCGGACGCUCGCUAACAGCCGACGGUAUUCUUCUCGACAUGCGAAGGAUGAAAACUGUAUCCAUUGCUUCCCAUCGCGCAAGUGUGCGAGUUGGUGGCGGGAUCAUUGCAGGGGACUUGCAGGAAGAACUCGACCGCCAUGGUCUGUUCACCCCGACCGGUCAAUCCAAGACCGUCGGUUACGUUUCCUGGGCUUGCGGUGGAGGCUAUGGAUUCUACGUUGGAUCGUACGGGUUUGGAGUUGACCAGAUCCUUGAAGCGAAGGUGGUGACGGCAAGCGGAACGGUGAUCGACACUCGCGAGGACGAAGAACUGCUAUGGGCACUCCGAGGCACCGGGGCAGGCACUUUUGGCGUCGUAACCGAGUUGACGGUCAAGGUCUACCCCGUUCCAAAGCUUUAUGCCGGGUAUUUGGCGUUUCCACUCUCCGAGGCCGCCGCGGUGUUUGAUGGGUUCCAAAAACUGGUGACGACCGAUUUCCCGGACGAAUUCAGUGGCGAUGCCCUGGUUGCCCAUCCAGAUAUGCUGCCGCUUGGGCUAUCAGAGCCUUGCUUCGCCUUUCUCUGGUGCUGGGCUGCAAGAAAUGGAAACCUGGAGCCUGCGAAGGGCUUUCUUCGCAGAAUGACAGUCCUUGGGAAGGUUCUCGCAAACACGGUAGAGGAGACUAGCCCGGCCGUCUACGGAGUUGGCGACUCGUCAUCGCCCACCUUCUUUCGCAGCGUCAAUAUUCAACAGCUUGACGCCAAUAUUGGAACCAUAUUCGCGCAACAUUCCCCCGUACAUCCAUUAUCAGCCGUUAUCAUACACAACAAUCAUGGGCCGUCUGUAGGGGACGAGCACCGCGAUGCUGUCAACUGCUGUUUUGCCAACAGGUUUCCGCAUAUCAUCCUAGGAUUCCACGGAGGCACUUAUUGUGGGGCAGCUUCCAAUACCACUGCUCUACAUGAAGCCAGAGAUUGGGUAGAGCGGCUCAAAGAAGAGGCCGAUAAGAAGGGACUGGCAUUGACGAAAAGAUUCCCCAGCUUCUGUCCGCCGGAGGAGGUGAAUCCUCUACAAUGUUUCAAUCAGCAGACAUUGGAGAGGUUAGAAAGCCUGAAAAGAAGAACCGAUCCAAGUAACCGUUUCCAUGGCGGCAUAUGCAGGGAUUUCGGGGUGAUGUAG